UACCCUUAGUAUGCUAGGAACGAAGUUGUGCUAAACCGUGCACUGCUAUUAGCUCGCUACUGCAAAAUCUUAAGUGGUUUAGGAUCCAGGGGAGCUAAGAGUCUGUUAAAAAUGUUUGGUGGCAACAAGAAAGAAAAGGAGGGGGAAGAAGAACAAUCCCACGUGACUCGGUACAAACCCGAAAGACUAGAUGCGCUUUGCAAGGCGACUAACUUCACCAGGAAAGAAAUACGCCUAAUGUAUCAAGGAUUUAAACAGGAGUGCCCUACGGGAAUGGUCAGCGAAGACGCCUUCAAAGAUAUAUUUUCCCAGUUUUUUCCCCAAGGAGAUGCAACUCGAUAUGCUCACUACGUCUUCAGCACUUUUAAGCAGCUAAGCCACGGAGGUGCUUUAACAUUUGAGCAAUUCAUCAGUUUGCUGUCAUCCAUCUCGCGAGGUCCAGUUACAGAAAAACUUAAAUGGAUUUUUGACCUAUAUGACAUUAACGGAGACGGAUUCAUCAGUAAGCAGGAGAUGUUGCACGUGGUAUCUUCUAUUUACGAGAUGCUUGGUCAGUACACCGAGCCUGUAGUUCAUGAACAUUCUGCUAGGGAACACGUUGAGCGAAUUUUUCACCAUAUAGACACCAAUCAAGACGGUCUCAUAUCAUUUGAGGAAUUCAAGGAGUGGUGUCAAAAGGACGAGAAGAGGUCAAAGAGUCUAUUCCAGUUAGAUACUGUAAUGUAGAUGAAAGAGUUCGGAAGAUGAGCUGUUAUUUUAUCUGCUGUCCAUAAAUGCGGAACUGUUUGCCAUGUGUACCUUCUAGUGUUCCUGCUCUACUCUUUCCGUCGCACUUAUGUCUAUGUAAAAUCUUGUGUUACUCAGGUUAUAAGUCACAAGUGUCCCUGUGAGACCUUACUUAAGUUGUGUUCCACAAGUGUCCCUGUAAGACCUUACUUAAGUUGUGUUCCACAAGUGUCCUUGUAAGACCUUACUUAAGUUGUGUUCCACAAGUGUCCCUGUAAGACCUUACUUAAGUUGUGUUCCACAAGUGUCCCUGUAAGACCUUACUUAAGUUGUGUUCCACAAGUAUCCUUGUAAGACCUUACUUACGUUGUGUUCUACAAGUGUCCCUGUAAGACCUUACUUAAGUUGUGUUCCACAAGUAUCCUUGUAAGACCUUACUUAAGUUGUGUUCCACAAGUGUCCUUGUAAGACCUUACUUAAGUUGUGUUCCACAAGUAUCCUUGUAAGACCUUACUUAAGUUGUGUUCCACAAGUAUUCUUGUAAGACCUUACUUAAGUUGUGUUCCACAAGUAUCCUUGUAAGACCUUACUUAAGU